AAACCUAAUUUUAUAAUUAGCUCAUUUUGCCGGAAACCGGUCCCUUAAAACAGCUGGCAGUGCCUACAUAAACCGUCGCUUAAUUCUUUCAAUACCUCCUGUAAUUUCCCCUUUUAAUCACACCGCAGAUUCCCUCCUAAUUCGUAAUUACAAAUCUUCUUCUUUUCUAAACUUAAAUACGAUUCAUCUCACAACGAUUCAAGUGCUAAUGGCUUUCCAACAGACACCAUUGUCUGAUUACACAGGAGAUACAUCACCGAGCAAGAACUCGAAAUCAGUUUCUGAAACUUCAACAGUAUUUUGCGAGUGCAACAUAUGUUUAGACGCAGCAAGAGACCCGGUGGUAACCCUAUGCGGCCACCUGUACUGUUGGCCCUGCAUUUACAAAUGGCUUCAUAUCCAAACAGACAAACAGCCCAAAUGCCCUGUAUGUAAAACCCGCAUCUCUAAUACAUCACUUGUUCCACUAUACGGGCGUGGCAAUUCCCCAACUUCAAACGAACCCGAAUCCGGUUUGAAAAGCGCUCACCAACCAGACCUAGUCAUACCCAACAGACCAUCAGCGCCUGGUGGUUCGCUUUUGCAACUGAACCAGCAGAUCCAUCCGGUCCCUUUUCAGGCUCAGCCUCACACGCACCCGUUUGGAAGCUAUGCGUUUGGACCGACCAACCUAGUUGGGGCCAUGACCCCAACUAGCUUUUCGAGCCCAAUUGUGGGGAUGGUUGGUGAGAUGGUAUGCGGUAUGAUUUUCCGGAGCUCUGAUUCAAGUUUUUUUGCUGCUCAUCCUUACGGGUCGUACCAAAACCCGUAUCUGGUUUCGGGUACCAGUAGUACAAGAGUGAGAAGACAAGUGAUGCAGGUCGAGAAAUCGCUAAACCGAUUGACUAUUUUUAUGUUUUGCUGUUUCGUAUUGUGCCUUCUCUUGUUUUGAGUUUGUAUAGCUUGGUUUAUGAAGGAAAUAUAUGCAUUCACUUGAUGAGCUUCUCUUGUAGAUUCACAUUAAUGUUGUGAUGAUACCUUAUCUUUAUGGGUAUGGUUACUCGAAAAAUUAUUUA